AUGUCCUUCUAUGUCGCCUCCAACCAGCAGCGCUCGCUGCGCGCCUGCAUGGUCUGUUCGGUCGUUCAGCCGGUGAAUAAAUUCAUGCGCGACGGCUGCCCGAACUGCGAAAACGUCCUCCAGCUCCGCGGCAACAACGACGCGGUCCAGGAAUGUACCUCGCAGGUCUUUGAGGGCCUGAUCGCGGUGCGCGAUCCCGCCAACAGCUGGGUUGCGCGCUGGCAGCGCCUGGAUAACUACGUCCCGGGAACAUAUGCGACCAUGGUCACUGGAUCGCUCCCCGAUUACAUCCUCUCGAGCUUGGAGGACGCCGGCAUCAAAUACGUCCCGUAUGCACCCCACUAUCUUUCUCAACUAAACAUGUCUCGUUCGCUUUGGUUCCGAUGUGCUGACAAGUAUAAUUUUAGGCGGGACGGAAGCACUGGCGAGGAAGAGUCCUGA